GUGGGCUGAGACAUGGACGGGGAUGACGGGACGAUCCCCUCCCGCGAGCUUAACAGACGGUCUGGUCUCAAGUUGAAGCGAACCUCUCUUUUCAAUUGAACUCAAUUCAAGCUGGAGCAACUAAAGUGCAUUCCCUCAUCACCAAUAGACGUCCUCCGCCAACCAACGAAACAUAAAACUACAAACCCCAUCUUUGAAAUGAUAUCGCAUGUGAAACCAAAUAUAAGGAUCUUAGGAUCUCUUCUAGUCCUGCCGGCAGCCGUUCCAGUCGCAUCCCCCACCCAGCCUGAAUGCAGUAAAAGGGGGUCCAAGGACAAGCCUUGGGGGUCGAAGUAUGGCACGAAGAAGGUCGAGAUAAGGGUAUCGGGGUGUGAGCCGCAAGCGGCAAUAAGGGCUGGGCUGGAGGCGACGGUGGGAGCCGGAGUGGGUGAAAUGAAACAUUAAUAGCGCGACCGAACGAAAAUAGAGGCG